GGCUCUCGCGAGAGUUGGCAAGGCGGAGUAAGGCAACGCGAACGCGGAAGUAGUCGCUGCAGGAGCGUCGGAGGAAGGCGGUUGGAGCGUUGAGGCAGGGGGAGUGUUAUUCCAGGGUGGAGGGCCUUCCCCCUCCUCCCCGGCCUGCCUGAUGGUGGGCUUUGGGGCAAACCGGCGGGGCGGGCGCCUGCCCUCCUUCCUCUUUGUGGCCCUUCUGCUAGUGGUGGCCAUUCUGGCCUUCAACUACUGGAGCAGCACCACCCGGCAGACAGUGCUACAGGAGGAGGUGGCCGAGCUGCAGGGGCAGGCCAAGCGCAGCGAUGUGGCUCGUGGGCGGCUGGAAAAGCGCAACUCUGAGCUCCUGUUGCAAGUGGAGUCCCAUAAGAAGUUCCUGGAGCAGAAAGAGGCUGACCGGAGCCACCUCAGCAGCCAGCUGCAGGCCAAGGAUGGACAGAUCCGCAAGUGCGAAGAGAGCAAGGUCAAGCUUCAGAACAACGUAUCAUACCAAAUGGCAGACAUCCAUCGCUUAAAAGAACAACUUGCUGAGUUGCGACAAGAAUUCAUCCGUCAGGAGGAUCAGCUUCAUGAAUAUAAGAAGAACAACACACAGCUUCUUAAACGGUUAGAGUAUGAAAGUUUCCAGUGUGGGCAACAAAUCAAGGAAUUGCGAAUACAACAUGAAGAGGAUAUGAAAAAACUAGAGGAGCAAGUUACACAAGAUCAAAAGGCAUUACGCAGGAAUUUGCCCAGUAAUGAUGUUGAGGUGGGCCUGAGCAAUAACCUGACCAUUUUGAAGACAACUCAAGAAGCGGGCGAAAGGGACGCCGUUAAGAACGAAGCGCCUUCGGUCAACAAUAUCUCAGAUGGCAAAGAGAAAAUUAAACUAGGAGAUGAUGCAGGGAUGCCCGGAGUAGAAGAGAAUGACCCUGCCAAAGCUGAAGACACACUCACUGUUCUGAAGAAGCCAUUUGUUGAUUCUGAGAAGCUGCAACAUCAGCCCAUAGGAGAGCUCCCUACGGAAAACCCUCACGCCCCAAACCUGGCUCAAGAUGUCAACAACCAGGAUGGAAACGCAGAUGUUGCAAUGAAGCAGAUCCCACCAAACUCUCUUCAUAACAUAAUGCCUGUCCAAGUGCUGGAUAACCAGAAAGCGGAGAAAGAAUUCAUAAAACAACCUUCCAAGGACAGAGUCGCUGACUUCCAGAGAAUGAAGCAAAGCCGGUUCUUUGAUGAGAAUGAGUCCCCUGUUGAUCCGCAGCAUGGCUCUAAACUGGCGGAUUAUAAUGGGGAUGAUGGGAACGUGGGUGAGUAUGAGGCAGACAAGCAGGCUGAGCUGGCCUACAAUGAGGAAGAGGAUGGCGAUGGUGGUGAAGAAGACGUCCAAGAUGAUGAAGAACGAGAGCUUCAGAUGGAUCUUGGCGACUAUGGAAAGCCGCACUUCAAUGAUGUACUUUAGAGCCUAAAUUAACUUUAUCUGAGGAAUCCUGGGAGAGGAGGAGAAGAAGAAGAAACGAACACCCAAAGCAAUCUUUCAGUAUUUACUGUAAAGGACUGAAACGAGAAACAGCCAUGAGCAUAAAUACAGCUAUUUAACAUUAAGAAGUGGAAGGAGAAGGUAAAAAAAAAUGUCCAUGUAUAUAGUUGGUUCUGACCAUUUGCAAACGUAGUGUAGAAGACUGUUGGUUUUUCUACAAAACAAUGAUGAGCCUGAAUAUGGUGGUAGAGCAAAGCCCAACUAACUAUCCUGGGUCAGGCAUCCAGACUGUUCCUUACCUGUAACCCUUGAAUUAAGAAGUAACCUUGCAGUGUAACUUGCGUCGACCUAUUUCCAAAACGAAGCCACUUUGUAAAACUGGAGAACUUGUACAGUUUGUAUCUAACAUACUUUUAACUACGCCAUUGAAGAAAUAAUUGUACAGAUGGGACACCCUUUGAUACAGUGAAGUAUUUCAUCCACGCAAGAACAUUAUUUUUCUCCUGCGAUUGAAAACAUUUCCAUUUCCUGCGAUGGAAAUAUUACAUUUCCGGGAACAUUUCAUUUUGAAAAGUUGGCUGAGAAACAUGUUUAGUGCUUUAUAAAGGAAUGUUCCUUUAGAAACGAGGAAAGUCUAUGUGACGGUGCAACACUGUACAUGAAUACAGUGAGACACCAGAAGAGCGAUAAAAAGUUACGGAUAGUGUCAAAUGUGUCGAGAUAAUUAGUCUCGCAUUACAAUGUAAACACUAUAACCAGUAUUUCCAGCAAAGAGUUAGAAACAUUUUAUUUUCCAAGAAAUUUACAGCCGUUCUGAUUGUAUGCAGUAAGAGCUGAAUCUAGUGGAAAACAGCUAAUGUAGAAUUUUGGCAAAUUCUAAAUUAAUGCCUGCGUGAACCCUAAUGUGUUUUGAGUAUCAGAUGACAGUUUCAUUUCACUUUCGCUGCUGCCAGAUGGAUCAUUCAGAACAUGGGGGACGUUCUCUGUUUUUUCCUAAUUUUGUGUGUGUUUGUGUGUGUCAAAAAUGUAAGAUGUCUUUAGGGCUGGUUCGGUUUCAUUUAGCACUUUUCUUCAGUGCCACAGAAAUGGUUGUGUGCAUCGACGCUCUACCCGCGACACACGAUUCAACCCUCGCUCUAGCAAUCAACAAAGGGCUACUGUGAAUAAAAUGUAUAGCUCCAACACGACAGGGUCGAUUGUACUUCACUAUUUCUGUACUCAGGUUAACGCUUGUGAAGAAAUCCACAAUCUUUUUAUCGUAAUUUAAUGGCUCAUGUGCAUUGAAAAAAAAGAGGGAUGCGUUUGCUGAAGAGCAGAAAAAGGAGGCCUUGAUUUCUGGCUGCAGAAAUGGAAGGUUUGCGCCUGGGCAAUUGCUCAAGCUGGGAAUGUUCUCACGGUUUCAUCUACAAGUUAUAAGCCUUCCUGGGAUUCACACACAGCUCUUUAAAAGUAGUUCUCCUUCCCAUCGCCAUCCGUCUUCAGUGUUGUACUUUGUGGAAUUGACCAAAGUAUGUGUGUACCCCAAGGUAGGUGUGAUUUCAUUGAGAUGCUGCUGUUGAAAUACAUCAUUUAAUAGGUUCUAAUAAAAUCUUAAUAUGG